AAGGCUUAGAGAAAGAACCUGAUGUGGAACAGUUGGGAUUUGGUUAAUCUGCUUAGAAAUAACAUUAAUCGGCGGAUCAGAUGCUGUCAACAAUGCAGUGCCUCCUGUCCCUCCUUAAUUCCCUCACUCUUUUCUUGCUUAUUCUUUCUGAACUACCUUUCAUUUCCUUUACAUUUACUGUGUCUUAUUUAACUUUUGUUUUACAAAGUUUCCUUUUAAUUUUUUUCCUUGCACGUCAUCUUUGAAUUCCACUACUGCUUUGUCAUGUCAGGUGUUGCAGUGUCGUUGGAAGUGUCAGAGAGCCCAGGGAGUAUCCAGGUGGCCCGAGGCCAAACAGCAGUCCUGCCCUGCACCUUUUCUACCAGUGCUGCCCUCCUGAACCUCAAUGUCAUUUGGAUGGUCAUUCCUCUCUCCAACGCUAACCAACCUGAACAGGUCAUUCUGUAUCAGGCUGGACAGAUGUUUGAUGGUGCUCCCCGGUUCCACGGUAGGGUAGGAUUUACAGGCACGAUGCCAGCUACCAAUGUCUCCAUUUUUAUUAAUAAUACUCAGCUGUCAGAUACAGGCACCUAUCAGUGUUUGGUCAACAACCUCCCGGACAGAGGAGGCAGGAACAUUGGGGUCACUGGCCUCACAGUGUUAGUUCCCCCUUCUGCCCCACACUGCCAAAUCCAAGGAUCCCAGGACAUUGGCAGCGAUGUGAUCCUGCUUUGCAGCUCAGAGGAAGGCAUCCCCCGGCCAACUUAUCUUUGGGAGAAGUUAGACAAUACCCUCAAGCUACCUCCAACAGCUACUCAGGACCAGGUCCAGGGAACAGUUACCAUUCGAAACAUCAGUGCUCUGUCUUCUGGUUUGUACCAAUGUGUGGCUUCCAAUGCCAUUGGAACCAGCACCUGUCUUUUGGAUCUCCAGGUGAUUUCCCCCCAGCCCAGGAGCAUUGGACUUAUAGCUGGAGCCAUUGGCACUGGUGUGGUUAUUAUCAUUUUUUGCAUUGCACUGAUUUUAGGGGCAUUUUUUUACUGGAGAAGAAAAAAUAAAGAGGAGGAAGAAGAAAUUCCUAAUGAAAUAAGAGAGGACGAUCUUCCACCUAAAUGCUCUUCGUCUGCCAAAAUGUUCCACACGGAGAUGUCCUCCUCGGAGAACAACACGCUGACCUCUUCCAAUACCUACAACAGUCGAUACUGGAGCAGCAACCCGAAAGUUCACGGGAACACAGAGACAUUCAACCACUUCGGUGACUUGCGCCAGUCUUUCUCCCUCCACUCAGGCAAUGCCAAUAUCCCAUCCGUCUAUGCCAACGGGAACCAUCUGGUCCCUGGCCCACAUAAGACUCUGGUAGUGACAGCUAACAGAAGCUCAUCACCACAGAUCACGCCCAGGAACAAUGGCUCAGUCAGUAGGAAGCCCCCACCUCCACACACGCACUCCUACACCAUCAGCCAAGCAGCACUGGAGCGAAUUGGUGCAGUACCUGUCAUGGUGCCAGCCCAGAGUCGGGCAGGGUCCCUGGUAUAGGAUAGAAAGGGGAUGUUGUGUUUAGAAGAAAAUAAAUGGAAUACCUCAGUACAGGGGGAGGGCGGGGUGCGCAGGUGCUGGGAAAGAUGCACUUUCCUUAUGAUUCUACUAGUAAAAGCACAAAAAGAAGGCAGUGCUGUUUCCUGGCCACCACGCUGUGCAACCUGGUCUGGAGUGCUCUGUCCUGAAGAUCUGUUUCCCCACCAUGGGUGUCCUGGGUUUCUAUUCAGAGAGCUGCAUCUCAGAGAUGUGCCAAGCCAAGGGGAAAGAUCCAAGAGCAGAAUAGCACUUAAAACUUAAACUGUACUGCAAAUGGGCUGCUUCUUUAAUUCAUGCCUAACUUGAUAAUUUUCAAGAGACUGAAGUGCCAGAUGAAGUUUAAAUAAUAAAGGUAUUUAAAACUCUAGGUGUCUUUAGGAAAAACAGAGCGCAACCCCGUGAUGUCUUCUGCCCCUUUAGGUCGAGGGCUUAAUGGCAUAAGUGUUUGAUAUUGAUCCCAACAGGGCUGGCUCUUUUAUCAUAGAAUCAGAACUUUUUACACAAACAAAAUUCCAUGAGAAAUGAGGGGAAACAAAGGAAACUUCUUUGAGAAACUCCUCGUAUUUAUUAUUUAUCUCUCGCUUCCUGAACCAUGAAUUUCAUAUUUGGAAUUUUGCUAUAUUGACAGAUUCUUGCCUGUCUGCAUUAUUCUAGGAUCUGUUACAGAUCCAUGGCAAUUUCUGUUCAUUAUUUCCUGUGAAAAUUUUUUAAAAGAAAACUUACUACUUUAAAUACAUGAGAGACAUAGGGCUAGGAAGGAAAAGACCCACCAGCUAGUUCAGCAGCUGUACUUAGGCCCGCAGGAGGCCCUUCACACAAGUGCUAGGUUCUGUGGUCAGCAGGCAGGCAGGUGCGAGGGACCCCAGCCUCGCCUGACAGAGUCACCUCCAGAGCUCCUGUUGUUGUACUAAGAGGCUCUUGGGGAGGGCAGCACGUGAAGCUUUUUGACAGGCAGAAGUCAGUAUGUUGUCACAGGAAGGACAGGAAUAGUUUGUUGCAAACUAAUUCUUUUUGCAAAGGAGAUAAAACAGGAAUUAGAGUAUCUCCCAGUGAACUCCCUCGAAGGUCUGCCCUGGACUUGACAGCGUAAGUGUGCAAUUUUGCCCCAAUCAUUUUACAUCACUAUGAAUGAAUUCCUUUUGUGAUUAGUUACCUGGCUUGGCUGGCCUUGCAGUUCACCAUAUUCAUUUACAAACUCUGCCCUCCACUUCGUGCUACAAGGAUCUGUCUGUACCCGUGCUAGUGACUGUCGCGCCUUAAUCACACGUUAACCCAUAAACGGUUCCUUCACACAUCUAUUUCCUGAACUGUUUAUAGUACUGAUCCUGAGGUUCACUAUGAGCAUCUUUUCUUCCCUCAGCACUCCAACCCCCUUUGCCCACCAUGGUUUUUACCUUGCCCUGCCAGCAUAGUGGCUUCCCGUGUCUUCUCAGUUAUUUGACUUCAAGGAAACAGCUACAGCAAACACUGUCUUUCCAAAAGGGCCGGCUCAGACCCUACCCCUCGCAGCCAUGUUUAUGUUGAUAAGAAACUGAAUUUAUCUUAGCGUACUUACUUUUUCCAUUUGAUCUUGACUUUGUAAAAAAUUUAAAUAAAUGAAUGUCUAUACUUUUUAUAAAGGAAACUGAAAAUACCAUGUCACAGAGAAGAGACUAUCGGCUGUUGUUUAGAAAGCAUUUAUCUUGCAUUUCUUUAUUCUUUCUAAUUAUCUAAAAAACAAUAAAAAGUUUAUUCAUGUAAAAGAA